UCGCCACUCCCUCACAUUCUGCGCAGCUCUACUUUUAUAAAGCAGAGCAAUGAAGCAAAUACAAAAUGCAAGUCAGCAGCUGCGCAUCGUCGAGUGUGAGUGAUUUGAGUGUCGAUCAGAGUGGGCGUCAACAAUUCGCAUGAGCUUCUGAAUCCUCCAGUCCCGAAAUUCAUCGAGAGAAUUCAUCGAGAGUCCAGUCCAGGGCCUUGUCCAGUUUCACCUGCAGGAUUUAGAAUGGGGAGAGGAGGAGAAGGUUCGGAUGCUGCCGUACAGGCCGAAAGUGGAACCACGCCGAAUCUGGCUGCGUGGGUUUGCGGAGUGAACGUCCUGAAAAUCGAGCCCUUCGAAUUGCCGGCUGUGCUCGGUCCCAAUGACGUGCGGGUCGCUAUCAAAGCCGUGGGAAUCUGCGGCAGCGAUGUACACUAUCUGAAGCACAUGCGAUGCGGUGACUUCAUCGUGAAAGAGCCAAUGGUCAUCGGUCACGAGUGCGCGGGCAUCGUGGAAGAGCUUGGUAGCGCCGUGAGUCACCUUGAAGUCGGCGAUCGCGUUGCCCUUGAGCCUGGCAUCUCUUGUGGUAAAUGUAAGCUGUGCAAGGAAGGAUUUUACAACCUCUGCUGUGACAUGAAAUUCUUUGCAACUCCUCCAGUCCACGGAUCUCUUGCGAACAAGGUCAUUCACCCGGGAGACUUAUGCUUCAAGCUGCCAGAGAAUGUAUCUCUAGAGGAGGGAGCCAUGUGCGAGCCCUUGAGCGUUGGAGUACAUGCGUGUCGCCGUGCCAAUGUGGGGGCUGAGACGCAAGUGCUGAUCAUGGGAGCUGGGCCCAUUGGGUUGGUUAGCAUGCUAGUGGCCCGUGCCUUUGGGGCUCCGAAAAUCGUCCUCGCCGAUGUCCACCCCGAUCGCUUGGCUGUUGCCAAAACACUCGGAGCAGAUGCCACUGUUCUAGUCACGCACAACAUAGAGGAUAUUGAACAGGAGGUCGCAGAAAUUCUGAAGGCAAUGGGUUCCGACAUAGAUGUCACCAUCGACUGCGCUGGCUUCACCAAGACCAUGAGUACAUCUCUCAAGUGUACUCGAUCCGGUGGUAUGGUUUGCGUUGUAGGCAUGGGGGACAAUGAAAUGAAUCUUCCUUUGACACCUGCAGCUGCCCGGGAAGUGGACAUUCGAGGUGUUUUCAGAUAUCGAAACACAUACCCACUGUGCAUCAACCUGCUAACUACUGGUAAGAUUGACGUGAAGCCAUUGAUCACACACAGGUUUGGUUUCAACCAAAAAGAUGUGGAGGAUGCCUUCACCACCAGCGCAUCAGGUGGGAAUGCCAUCAAAGUCAUGUUUAACCUUUAGAGAGAGGGGGAGAGAGAGUUCAGAGUGCACGAAGUUGCACCCGGCGAUGUCAAUAAUCCUCAUGACGAGAACUCAGUAGAGCUCGUCAUGUCCGAUCGGUAAUGUACUGUAGAUUACGGUGGCAGCACAAGUCAUUUCUUACUUCACUUGUGGUCGGAACUAGUCCGAUACUUCGGUUUUCCUUUUUUGCAUCAGCUGAAUGAAGAGUGAGCUGCAACUCAUUGACAUGAGCUCAGCAGGUUGCAAAUCUAGAUUCAGUUUCUGUAUAGCGCCCAUCGGAAUUAGACAUGCUGUCCACACGCCAUUAGAAGAGGUAUAAUUAGCGAAAAGAUAGGACUUCGGCGUAGUGAUUGGGCUUGAUGGGAGCAGCAGGGAAACUUUUUGAGUUGAGCAUGUACUCCACAAUAGCUGACGGCGAUUUAGAAUUUCUUUCACCACACAUUCUGUUUUCCUCGUGGGGUGGUGGGUGGACUCAUGGCAACCUUUGAACAAGACCACAGAUUUGAUAGGAGCAGGAUACGUGCAAGAAAUAUGGUCCUGAAUGUAGUGAACAUCCGAAUCUGGCCAGAGUGAGGCUGACUGCUGUAUAAUAGUGUUGGUAAUAAACGGAUCGAUAAACAUGACGGUCAACUGCCCCGUUGACUAGCUUUUGUGCCUUCAA